AUGAAACUAGGUUGGUUGACCACGGGUAUCUUAAUUAUUUUCCUUAACAGACAAUCGGAAUCUCUGCUAUGGCCAGCCUCUUCUAAUUUGGGUUUGACCCUCUCGGUUUCCACUCCCAUUGCUGAACUGUUUCCCGAGCGUCGUAUUCUAAUCGAUUGGUGCUUCGCCAUCUCCUACAAUUAUCCGUACAACCUAAGUGAGUUCUAUAGCAUUCCCAUCUGGCCGGGAUUCGCCAACUAUAAAGCGAAACGACAAGUUCCUCAAUUGGAACUCACGGAUGAGAACUUCUAUACCAAAUACGGUCACACUGGAGGGAAUGGUAUUCACCCCAAGGACUUUUCGGCUGGGGAACUUUAUGCCUUCCUGGAGGAUACCUUAUCGGGAUAUGGUUUCCAUGAGACCUGUUUGCUAAGAAGUGUCUGUGAAUUGGCCCAACAUCCCUUCGAUGACAACCAUCAGCACUUGUUAAGCGAUAUUGUAACUUUUGUGCUAAGUCCCUCACAACACGAAGGUUUCCGGGAUGACGAACAUGUGUACAGAAAUGCCUACGAACUGGCCGAACAAGAUGGUUUUUUGGGUCGGGAUUGUCUGAGAUUGUAUUCCCAUUGCAAGCACGAUAUCUUAAAGCUAAUGAGUCAAGUCAUAUUUCACUAGA